CUGUUUAGAUACCUGCUCCCACCACAAACGCAUAAUACACAUAGUUUUUCGUCGCCAUAUUUGCGACGAAGUGUGUUAGUUUGUCUCGAAAACUAUCGUCGUUUUCGACGAAAAGGGGGCUUAACCACCCCAGUUGGUUGUGAAUUUGUGAAAUUUUAUAUUACUAUUUGGAGUGAUUCUACUGGAAGUACACUAAAAGUUUGUUAUUUUCUUUUUUGAAUAUUAUAAACAUGGCUUUCUAAGAUGACGGGUCUGAAGCUGAGCGUAACCACCUUCAGUGGAGAAGAAAUUCUCUCUCGACACCUCGUAGCAGUGAAUGCAAGAAGAAUUUCUAAUGGAGAAAUCGAAAAAUCGUCCUUUGCAGCCCUAUUUAAAGGGCGCAAGUAACGAUAAAAAAAGUCAAGAUGCAUCAAAUACAAAGGUAUACUCUCGCGGAGGUCGCCGCAGAGAGCCUUCUGGAGGUUCGUUUUCUUCGAAAAAUGAUAUUUCUCGCAAACCUAUAUCCCAACGUAAUAACAAAAUGGCUGAUAAGCGUCCACGUCCCCGGGGCUACUAUCAUUCAGGGACGUUGGACGGAAACACGAGCUCCAGGAUAGUAGAUGAGGAGAUUGAGUGUGGCUCAAUUUUGGUAUCAGGCAGUAAAAAGCAAAAUCUUAACCAUCUUCUUAAUUUUCAUUUUGAGCCCCGAGAUACGCAUUGGCGAUCGGGACCUGGGGGGAUGCCUCAUAAAGUUGGAGGUCGACUGAUUUCCACUUAUAAACAUAAGUAUAAUAAGGAGCAGUUCUUACAAGCAAAUUGUCAAUUUAUUGUUAAAACAGGGGCUGAUUAUAAACUUCAUAUGAACAACCCUGAUUCUCUUGUUAAUUGGGACUUAAUUGAACAAGUUGUAAGUCAUGUCUUUUAA